UAAAGUUUUCGAUCUAGUAUUAUAAGUUACAAUAAAAUGGAGUUUCUUUGUUUAGCCCCAACACAUAGUUUUUCCACCAAUCCCAAAUCCACAAAAAUUAUUUCUAUUGACCGUAUUAGUACCACGGGUCGUAUCAUGAAAAUGUACCAAAACAUGCGGGGCUCAACGGUAAGACCAUCGGCAUUGCCGUUAAAAAUGUCACGAAUAGUUACUCUUCCGGAUAUUUCAGCUCCAGUGGUGAGUGCUCCUGCAAUCUUGCCAAAAGUCGACUCCGGGGAGUUGGUAGUGAAUAAACCAACGGGGGGCGAUCCCGAUGAAUUGUUUCAAUAUUUGGUUGACAUUUUGGCAUCGCCAGUGUACGAUGUAGCGAUUGAGUCCCCAUUAGAGCUCGCAACGAAGCUUUCGACUAGGCUUGGAGUUAACUUUUAUAUCAAAAGAGAGGAUAAGCAGAAAGUGUUUUCAUUCAAGCUUAGAGGAGCUUACAACAUGAUGAGUAACCUCUCAAAGGAGGAAUUAGCUAAAGGGGUUAUAACAGCAUCAGCUGGAAAUCAUGCACAAGGUGUUGCAUUAGCUGGUCAAAGACUUAAUUGUAAAUCUACAAUUGUCAUGCCUGAAACCACCCCACAAAUCAAGGUUGAUGCGGUUAAAGCCCUGGGAGGUACUGUAGUUCUUCAUGGUCAAACAUUUGAUGAAGCUCAAACAUAUGCACUGGAACUGAGUGAAAAAGACAGGCUCAAAUACAUCCCACCAUUCGAUGCUCCAGGAGUCAUCAAAGGCCAAGGUACAAUUGGAACGGAGAUAAACCGUCAACUUAAGGACAUUCAUGCAGUGUUUGUACCUGUUGGUGGUGGGGGUCUAAUAUCUGGUGUUGCUGCCUUUUUCAAACAAAUUGCCCCAAAUACAAAAAUUAUUGGAGUUGAGCCAUAUGGUGCAGCUUCAAUGACAUUGUCAUUGUAUGAAGGACAUAGAGUAAAAUUGGAAAAUGUUGAUACUUUUGCUGAUGGUGUAGCUGUUGCACUUGUUGGUGAAUACACUUUUGCAAAAUGCCAAGAGUUAAUUGAUGGAAUGGUACUUGUUGGAAAUGAUGGUAUUAGUGCUGCAAUAAAGGAUGUGUAUGAUGAAGGAAGGAACAUAUUAGAGACAUCAGGUGCAGUUGCCAUAGCUGGAGCUGCAGCCUAUUGUGAAUUCUAUAAAAUUAAAAAUGAAAAUAUUGUAGCAAUUGCAAGUGGAGCUAAUAUGGAUUUCAGCAAACUACACAAAGUUACAGAGUUAGCAGAGUUAGGUUCAGGCAAAGAAGCUUUGUUAGCUACUUUUAUGAUAGAACAACCAGGAAGCUUCAAGACAUUUGCUAAACUUGUGGGCUCUAUGAAUAUUACUGAAGUGACAUACAGAUUCACUUCUGAAAGAAAAGAAGCUCUAAUUUUGUACAGAGUUGAUGUUGAUGAAAAAUCAGAUCUUGAAGAAAUGAUUAAGAAAUUGAAUUCAUCAACUAUGAAGACUUUUAAUUUCUCACAUAAUGAAUUGGUUGCAGAACAUAUAAAACAUUUGGUUGGUGGCUCAGCAAGUAUCAGUGAUGAAAUUUUCGGUGAAUUUAUUUUUCCUGAGAAGGCUGGAAGUUUAAGCACAUUCUUAGAAGCUUUCUCCCCUCGUUGGAAUAUAACUUUAUGCCGUUACCGUGAUCAGGGAGAUAUAAGUGGAAAUGUGUUAGUGGGAUUCCAAGUCCCUCAAAGUGAGAUGGAUGAGUUCAAAAGUCAAGCUGAUGGACUUGGUUAUCCAUAUAACCUUGACAAUUCCAAUGAGGCUUUUAACAUUGUAGUAGCUGAGUGAAGAAAAAAUAAAUUGUUGUUCUAAGUUGCAAUUAUUGCAAAUCCAUACUUUUUUUAUAAAAAAAAAUAACCGUGUUGUACGGAUCAACUUAUUAAGGAAUAAUUGAUGAAUUAACUUGUUAUAAGUUAAUUUCAUAUUGUAUGAAUAAUAAGAUG